CAAUUUUGUUCGCUUCGCGUCUUGUUUAGUUGUUCGCACCAAUUUGAAAAUAUUUUUACGAUAAAUUGGUUUACCUGCGCCAAUUUCUUUUUCAUGGAAUGGAUCUCUCAGAGUUUCUUCUUAUAUUUGUAUGUAUCCAAAAUUUUGGUUUGAUUGAUGCAAGCGACGGAGACCGCUCGCCGUUUUAUCAAAAGUGUUUGAAAAGCUGUACUAGUGCGAAUUGUACGAAAGAUGGCUUGUCUUUAUCAGAAAAAGCACUUAAACACCAAGAUGUAGGAAGCCGGCUGUUAAGAUGGGGCUGUAAAGAUGAGUGUCAGUAUCACUGUAUGUGGCGAACUGUGCUCGGCUUCCAAGAACGAGGAUAUGAGAUACCUAAGUUUCAUGGCAAGUGGCCAUUCGUACGAUUGUUUGGCGUUCAAGAGCCAGCCUCGGCGUUUGCGUCGCUCCUGAACCUGGCGGUGCACGUGCACAUGUACCGGGAGAUCACAUCGCAGUUCUCGGUGAAGACCACGCCGCUGGUGUUGUUCUGGCAUGGCUUUGUUGUGGUCUGCGUACACGCAUGGACGUGGUCUACGAUAUUCCACACGAGGGACACCCCGUUCACUGAGUUCAUGGACUACGCAUGCGCAUUGUCCAUGGUGAUGGCGCUGUUUGUCGCUGCUGUAGUGAGAGUAUUUCACAGAAGGAAGAAGUUGACAUUGGGCAUAUUAUUGUUGCCGCUUCUGUAUUAUAUAGAGCACGUGCGAUAUCUGUACUCCGGGAGAAUAGACUAUGAGUACAACAUGCAAGUCAAUGUGUUCUUCGGCGUGGCGGGGUCACUGAUCUGGCUGGUGUGGUCCAUAAUCCAGUACCUGGGCGGCAGAUGGUACGCGUGGCGGAUGGUGGCGUUCACGCUGCUGUCGGGCGCGGCGCUGGCGCUCGAACUGUUCGACUUCCCGCCGAAGUACCACGCGUGGGAUGCGCACGCGCUGUGGCAUCUCAGUACUGCGCCGCUGCCAGUGUUGUUUUACAGGUUUGUUAUCGAGGACCUGCGAUUCUUACAAUCGUCGCAAUUCGUUGAAAAGGAUAAUUUGAAGCUCACGUGAAUCUAGUCAUUGUAUAUUGUGCAAUAAGUGUGAUAUUUGUUUAAGAAAAAUAAAAA